AGGGCCGAGGCGCUCAAGAAGUUCAGGCGCCUGGGUACAAAGCCGCUGCCUGCUUUGCUCCCGGACAAUGGCGACCCGGAAGAUGUGCACAUUUUCGUCAUCGGGGAUUGGGGUACCUACCCAGGAACCGGCAUUAACAUGGCAAGUGACUGGACCGAACAGAUGUGGAACACGCACUGCUUCCGGGGAGCCAGGUCGCCCCAGCAUUGGAAGGAGGCGAAGGCAAACGGCUACACGACCGCCGCUAAGGUUACAAGAUCAUGGGGGGGCGGCCGACCGAUUUGCGGCUCUAUGCACCUGGAAUGCAGUUGGGACAAAGGAGGCGCGUCCAAGAACAAUCGAUGCAACCCGGAUCAUGAUGCUUUCUGGCGUGACCACUAUGCCCAGCAAAAUGUGGCCACUUCUAUGACAGAUCUUGCUCGGGAGAGGAAACCGAGCUUUAUCAUCAACACUGCUGAUAACUUUUACUACGCAGGAGUGGAGAGCACCACCGACCCGCUUUGGAGCAUGAUGUUCGAGGAGCUCUACCCUGAUCAAAGUCUGCAGAUCCCCUGGCUUGGCUCUCUAGGCAACCAUGACUAUGGCGGCCAUACUUGCGAUGUGUGCCUUUGGCCCAAAAUUGGGCACAGGGACAAUCGUCGCGACAGCCCCUGCUCGCAGGCCAUGAUCGACUAUGACACGGAGCAUGACUGGCAGUGGCCAAACAACAAAAAGGUGCGAUGGGUGCUUCCCAUGAAAGGCGAGAAUCGGUGGUACAUGAAAUCCUUUGACUUCAAAAAGGGCAAUGUCACCAUCGACGUGUUCGUCAUCGACACGAACAAGGCUCAUGUCUCCAGCCAAUGCCACAGCUCGUGCCCCGAUUCGGUGGCGCCAAAAUGCGUUUCCUUCUUCAUGCAGCUGUGGACCCGUCAGCGGGCGUGGCUGCUGCCAGCUUUGGAGCAGUCCACAGCAAACUGGAAGAUGGUGGUGGGCCACGCGCCUCCGGAGAACUUCGAGGAGUCACUCAUGGAGGAAAUGCGCGACAGGGGGGUGUCCGUGUUCAUGGCAGGCCACGUGCACCAGUUGCGGCAUGACCGGCAUCCCUCAGGCAUCGAGGUCAUCGUCUCGGGCUCGGGCGGAGGCUAUCAAUCUGCUGGCGGUGGCACUUCCUACACGCUGCACGAGACACAGGACUAUGGCUUUGCAACCAUCCACGCACAGUGGGACAAGCUGACUGUAGAGUACGUCAAUGACCAGGGCAGGGUUUUGUGGGACCCCAUCGUGAUCCCAAAGGUGGAUCUCGUUCAGGAGGGUCUCUUGAAGAAGCUGCGCGAAGCAGCGAUAAAGUCGGACGUGCCUGCCACGAAGGAUGCCAUCGGCAAGGCCAAGGCUCAUGGCGUGGAUGACAGUUACAUCUACGCGGCGGCCAUGGCCGGGGUCAAGGCCUUUGAGGCCACGGGCGGCAUGACUUGGGUGCACAUGGAGCCCAAGCUGAUGAAGGCUGGUGCUGCUACUACCUCUGCUAUACUAGCAAGCUGGACCACCGAGGAGAGCUUGCCUACAGAAGUCACCAAAUUGGCCGUUCCAGCUCGCUGCUGUACCCCAAUGACAGUACCGCAUUCCCAAACAGUGCUUUGCGACAGCACCAAGGAGUUGUGCAGCAGCCAGCAGAUGGCCAAGAAUGCGCGAGGAGCAGGUGCGGCAGCGAUGCUGUGGGUCUCAAAAGAGCAAGCUCAAGCGGAUUCCCAGGAUGCUGAGGCCUUUGACAUCCCAGUGGCCUCCAUCCCGAAGUCCUUCGUGCUUGAUGUCCCUUCUUGGCUCGGCAACCAGGACGAAGAAAUCUUCAUCACCUUCACAGGGGGCGAGAAAGGCUAUGAAAAGUCCUUGGACGCAGCCAGGACGGCAGGCGUGCCUGAGACGAUCAUCGAGGCGGCAAUCCUGGCGGCCAAGCAGAGAAGAGCCGAAGAGCACGUACAGGCCGCCAUGGCGACAACAGACCAGCAGGUCAUCAAGGCAGCGCUGGCCAUGGCUGAAGAGUUCGGAGCAGAGAGCGACCUCAUCGAGCAGGUUCAACCGCAGCCUGAACCAGCUGGCUUGAAGCGAGCUGUGGCCACUUUGGCGGCAGAUUUGGGCCUCGGCAAGAGCACGGGCGACCACAUUCUGGAGGCAAGACGGAAGCUAGCAAUUCUCAUCCUUCAGGACUCGUUGGCGUCCGCGGACCAAAAUUGCAAGGACUUCAAUGCGGUACACGACAUGAUCCAGCAAGCCAAGGCUUUGGAGGUUGGCCCCACAGACAAGGCUGAGGGCUGCCGCAAGGACCUGGCUGUCACUGCGCUGAAUGCCGCUUUAGAGUUGGGCAGCGCCUGCAAGGAUCCAUUGAGUGUCGCGGUCUCCUGGUGCAAGCUGGCUGGGGGGCUGGACAGCCGCAUCGAAGAUGCUGAGAAGAAAUGUGAUAAAGAGGUUGCCGCCGCCUCCCGCCGCACUCUCCUCAUCGUGCUUGUGCUUCUGGUACUGCUAGGUGCAGGUGCAGGAGUCGUUCUUUACUCCAAGAGGAGACCGCAGGCACCGCCACAGCCAUCUCCCGGAGGCAUCGAGCUGUUGGAAGCGGAGUCCGCCUCCUGAGAUGGCUUGCCCGCAACCCAGCGAGGGCCGUAUGGGAUGCUACAAGCAUGAGACGUGUUCGUUGCCGCGGCGCGGCCCAUCCUUGCAGAGGCCUUUUGACUGGCAAGCCCACAGUGUGGCUUUCCUUGCUGGGUUCUGAGGCCUUUGGUGGAUAUCACCAGGGCUUCGCAGAACAUUUGUCUUUCAUUCCCAUUCUGGUCCGAUUUGAGCCUGCGUUGCUCAAUGCUUUCUGCACCCAGUA